CGACCGGGGUCAGCGUCGGGCCGGAUUUACCUCUUCGCCGGCCGUGAUUUUUGGGGACUACCAAUCGCGGCGGCGGCGGAGGCAGCAGAAGAAAUCACCAAACAGCUCCAAAACGUCAACAUGGCAGGAAUCUUUGAGCAACAGCGUAAUUCCGGCACUCUUUUCCUCGGUGGGACCAAGAUCAGCGGCCAGGACAUUCGUGACGAAAAUGUGCUCGCGACCCAGGCCAUUGCCAAUGUAGUCAAGUCCUCCUUUGGGCCCUCUGGGCUCGACAAAAUGAUGGUUGACGAUAUCGGAGACGUCACCGUCACCAACGACGGUGCCACAAUCCUCACCUUGCUCGACAUCGAGCACCCCGCCGGCAAGAUCCUCGUCGAUUUGGCGCAACAGCAGGAUAAAGAGGUGGGCGAUGGCACGACCUCGGUCGUCAUAAUAGCGGCUGAGCUUCUGAGGCGGGCAAACGACCUGAUGAAGAACCGGAUACACCCCACCACCAUCAUAGAAGGCUACAGGCUCGCACUGAGGGAGGCUGUCCGCUACAUGAACGAGAACAUCAGCACAAAGGUCGACACUCUGGGCCGGGACUCGCUCGUGAAUAUCGCCAAGACGUCCAUGUCGAGCAAAAUCAUCGGCUCCGACUCGGAUUUCUUCGCCAACAUGGUCGUGGAUGCUAUGCAGUCGGUCAAGAUGACUACCAACAAGAACGAGGUCAAAUAUCCCGUCAAAGCGGUCAACAUUCUCAAGGCCCACGGCAAAGGUGUUACCGAGUCUAUAUUGGUCAAGGGCUAUGCUCUGAAUUGCACCGUCGCAUCCCAGGCUAUGAAAACCCGCAUCAAAGACGCCAAAAUCGCGUGCUUGGACAUCAACCUGCAAAAAGAGCGGAUGAAGUUGGGCGUGCACAUCACAAUCGAUGAUCCUGAACAAUUGGAAAAGAUUCGUGAGCGUGAAGCAGGCAUUGUCAUUGAGAGGAUAGAAAUGAUACUCAAAGCCGGUGCCAACGUGGUUAUGACGACUAAGGGAAUUGAUGACAUGUGUCUGAAACACUUCGUGGAAAAGGGCGCCAUGGCUGUGAGGAGGUGUAAGAAGGAAGACCUGCGAAGGAUAGCCAAGGCCACUGGAGCUACCUUGAUCAGCACACUGUCGGACAUGAAUGGCGACGAGAAAUUCGAGCCAUCAUACCUAGGGUCUGCUGAAGAGGUUGUUCAAGAGCGAAUCUCGGAUGAUGAGUGUAUCCUAGUCAAGGGCACCAAGGCGUUUUCGUCUGCUUCGAUCAUACUUCGUGGCGCAAACGACUAUGCUUUGGACGAGAUGGAGCGGUCUGUGCACGAUUCACUCUCAGCGGUGAAGCGGACACUUGAAAGCGGUCGGGUUGUGCCGGGUGGCGGUGCGGUUGAAACAGCCCUACACAUCUACUUGGAGGAGUUCGCAACGUCGGUGGGCUCCCGUGGUCAACUCGCCAUUGCUGCAUUUGCUACUGCUCUUCUUUCGAUUCCCAAGACGCUUGCCAUAAAUGCCGCCAAAGACUCCACUGAGCUGGUUGCCAACCUACGGUCCCGGCACGCACUCUCGCAACGUACUACUUCGGAUCCAACCACACCCGAAAACGCGAAGCAGCUCGCACACUCCAAAAACUACAAAAACUAUGGUCUUGAUCUUACCAACGGCAAGGUUCACGACUCGUUGAAGGCUGGUGUGUUGGAGCCUAGCAUGAGCAAGGUCAAGCAGUUGAAGAGCGCGGUCGAGGCCUGCGUCGCCAUUAUGAGAAUUGACACCAUGAUCAAGUUGGAUCCGGAGGAGAGAGGAGGCGGCGACGACGGCCACGGCCAUUAGAAAAAGUGUGCCCCAAAAAGAAUAUGCCACGUCGCGCCU